AUGACCAGACCCGAGAUUAUUCGCGCCGACUCUAUUGACCUUCAGGAUCCUGAUGCGCCUUCUGCCGAGGACCAUUCGCGACUGAGAGCCCCGACUGCGCAGAAGACUGCUUCCUCCUCCCCAUCUUCGUCAUCCUCCUCCGUGUCGUCUCGAUCGCCUGUAGGCUCGCUAUACAACAACCACAUCUCUCCGCACCAGGCCGAAACACUUUGCGAAAUCGCCGCAAAAACAGCAGAGGAAAGACGCAUAUCGUGGAACGGCGCCGAUUUCAACGACGCCCAUCUAUAUAUCCCUGACUCAUACACUGGCAUCGCGGAGUCUCGCAACCCGGUGCACUUGCGGUCUAGCCCAGGCGGCGUACAGCAGAUCAACAUGGCCGCUGCCAGCGAGCAAGAUGACCUGGCUGUCACCCAGAACGGCGGCUCUUCCAGCGCAGAUGUCGAAGAAGACGUCGACGAUGGCGAUGAGGGCUUGGACGAUGACGAUGACGAUGAUGACGACGACGACAUGGACAAGAUCUCCAGCUCGCCGUCCAUAGAAGAUGGUGGGUACACCUGGAGCACUUUGCUCUCUAUUUCCUUACCUCCUAUUGCACCCCUGAAUGUCCACGAUUCUGUGCCCCUCCUGGGUGCCUUACCGACGACACCUGGCAACAGUCUGCUAGUUGCGAGUUGCCCAGCGAUUACGACGUCAACAGAGAUUUCCAGGACCUGGCUGGUAGUACCGGCGCACGAGAGCAACGCCCCUUUUCAUGCUUUACGGGGCCUGCAGGCAUGCAAGGCAUCUGCUGCUUCUCCUUGUUGUAGACCGCAUGGCCAUCAGCUUGUCGCAAACAUCUCGAUGUUCCAGAAGGAACAGCAGCACAGGGGCUCAAACGAUGCUGUGGCUGUUCACAGCUGUGGAACAUUACUGGAGCCCGAUGCAGGCGACUUCUGCAGGUCCAUGACAAUCGGCAUAAGAACAGGACAAUGUGGGGACGAAUGCCAAGUGGAUGGGCUGGAUGCGAACUAUGCCGACGCCAGCGACACCGUGUUGCGGAUUCCCUAUGACUGUAGUGACAGUGAUGACGAUGAUGAUGAUGCUUUAUUUUCCAGUUGUGAAACAAGAUUUGUGGAGUCUGGAUGGGACAGCGCGUGCUUACACAAUACAGAGGAUAUCGACUUCGAGUUCGUUUACGCACUGCACACGUUUGUGGCCACGGUCGAAGGCCAAGCAAAUGCGACAAAGGGCGACACAAUGGUCCUGCUGGACGACAGCAACAGCUACUGGUGGCUGGUGCGGGUAGUGAAAGACAGCAGCAUCGGCUACCUUCCUGCUGAGCAUAUCGAAACACCGACCGAAAGACUUGCCAGACUUAACAAGCAUAGAAAUAUCGAUUUGUCAGCAACAAUGCUUGGUGACCAGGCAGAAAAGGUCAAGAACCCCAUACGAACGGCUAUGCGGAGACGGAAGGCGAAGAAUGUCACUUUCGCAGCACCCACGUAUGUCGAUUACUCUGAGAUCGAGUACUCUACCGACGAGGACGACUUGGAAGCCGAGUACUUUUCGCAAAAGCAGCAGGUACAGCAGCACCAAGGAGACGGCGACCAGAAGCAAGACCAGAAGCACGAUACGGCCCUGCAAGCGACAGACGACGAUGAAGAUGACGACACGGCAAAGGUGGAGCCCCUCAAACCCCGGGCACCGAAAGAGAAUGGCGCGGGCGCUGAUGCAAGACAGGAGGACGCCAACGGCGAUGCAAAUGGUGGCAAGGGCUUAACCAGAACUAGCGAGGAGAUUUUUGUGGCGUCGAAAUCCGAGACGCCAGGACCUACGAAAACAAAAGACGGCACUGUCCGGGACUCCUUCUUCAAGGACGACACUGUGGAGACGAAGAAGAUCACCCUGACGCCAAACCUGCUGAGAGAUGAUAGUGCGCCGCGGACAUCGUCCGAAUCUAAGGAGGCGAAGGCGCGGGUAAGCCUCGACCGUCUCGAAAGGGACAUUAACAGCGUGCUGGUCAAGGACGAUAAGAAGAAGAAGGAUAAGAAGGAGAAGGACAAGAAACCAGGUGCCUUCCGAAGCCUGUUCUCGCGGAAAGACAAGAAGCGGAACGAGUAUGAAGAAGACGACAGUUCGGGUAAACGGUCGAUGGACACUGCCAGUAUAGAAAAGGACGACGAGACCGAUGAGCAGUCGAGUCCCGGCUCGACAGCCAGCCCGCAGAGGCAGCCGAGUAAGCUACAGAAGGCAAAUCCCAUGGGUCAGGCGGCAGAGACUUCACCAACAAGAAGGCCAUCUGAGAACAGCUCUGGACACAGGGAGAUUGGUAGGGCAGCUGAUCCGUCCAUUGGUUCUUUUGAUGUAGCACCGGGCGCCAGGCCGAACAAUGCUGACCACGUUCCUCCAGCUACCAUGCGUCUCAUCGAGCCGGAGCACGAUCGAGAGAUCAGCCAAGAAAGCAUAUCGAGUGUGCGGCCUCCUGCCAGCGCGCCGUCCAAGGUGACGGCAUCAACUACGGCCAUAAAAGCUGAAGAUGGCCGACCGCCGAUGGUGACAAUGGCCAGCUCGCGCGCAGCGUUGGACGAUUUCGACUCGGACGAAGAUGAUGUGUCUGCGCCGGUGUCCCAGCAACAAGGACCAGUGCCUGAAGAGACGACUAGGCAACAACAGCAACAACAGCAGCAACAGCAACAACAGCCACAAAAACAGGCUAUUAGCGCUGCUGCCACCAACAGCAGCUCGGAAGUAGAAAGGGCGAGCAACCGUUCGGCAAUGCAGCUGGAGCGGCUGUCGGAGUCUCCAGUACAGGUGUCGCCAAUGCAUUCCAACAACCCGCCGCCGCUGAUGGUGGAUACGUCGAGCCAAGACGACCGGUCGUCGCCGAUCUCCUCGCCAUCGCCAGAGCUCAUUGAGGCCGAGGACGGUUCGGCUACCCAUCACGCCCAGGACUCCAUUGCGACGUCAACAUCGGCCACUACGGCCAACACGGCGACGUGGAACGACGAAAACCUCAGGGCAUUCUUCGACUCGGGCACCGAUAUUCGCGACCUCCUUGUCGUCGUGUACGACAAGACCGAUGUUGCACCAGCCGGGUCCGACCAUCCUGUGGUCGGCUCACUUUUCAGGGAGCAGACGGCCAAGCUGGCUGAGAUAACAACUCAACUGGACAAUAUGCUGGGCGACUGGCUUGCUCGGAAGCAAAGACUCCGGGGUAGUGUAUGA